AAUCGCAACCUUUUGGAACUCCAUCGCUCUACGCGUUUGAAACUGAUAUUAAUUAAAUAUUUUUAAGCAGCAUAAAAAAAUUGUGCAUUGUUCCAUACACAUUUUUGAGGUUUGUUUUUUCUAGUGACCCUAGUGAUAUCUGGCACUUUAUUUCCGUUCAUAAGUAUGUGAUGAUCGGUUUUUUGGACAGUUUUUUUAGAAGUUAUUUUAUUUCUUAUCUCAGUUUUUUACUUUAUGUACUGUCGAUACACUUAAAUUUCCACGUACUUCAGAACCGGGGUUCCCGCCAUUUUUUUUACAGUGGCGUGAUCUUUCAGUUGGCCUUUGCUUGUAUGUAUUCGUUCAUCUCAUCAUCCAUCCAUUCGAAUUCUGUUGUUGCUGUUGUAUCGUUCAAUCUCGAACGUUCCGAAACGAGAUCAUCAAAAAACAACGUACGUUCGUACUAUUUGGAAGAAUAUCCGCAAUGUUUUUUCCAAAAACUAGGGAAGAGCAAAUGGAACCACCUGUCAAAAAAUACAGCCAAAUAAUGCAUGGUCAACAGCGCUAUACAACAACAUUCACGUGGAAAUUGUGUGAUUGGCAUCUGUUCUAUGACAUCAAAUAUUCUAAGGGUGUUACAUCGGACUGUUUUGAGCUCGACGGUACAAAUGGAUGUAUGUGCCAAAUAUUUUUAAACCCGAUGGAUCCUGUUGGCCAUUUGACACUGAUAUUCUCGCAUCCUAAAUCCAUCUUGAAAAUGGAGGUGUCAAUUAACAUUAAUAAAAAAGAAUCAAAUUUAUUCAACAUGGUAAAUGGUUGUAAUAAAAGGCACCGUUUGAUAAUUAGUAUACCUAAUUCCAUGAAAAAAGAACAGAGAUCUGUUCUAGUAAGCGAACCACUAACGAUUUUUGCAAAGUUUACAAUCGCUGGAUUUCCAAAAGUUUCUAUCAGCAGAAAUCCUCCAAAGAAUAUUCUUCAACAUAUUAAAGUUUUGUUUGAGGAAAAAAUUCUGUGCGACGUUAAUUUUAUAAUCGGCGAUGAAGAAUUUCCUGCCCACAAAACAAUUGUUGCAGCACAGAGUAAAGUUUUUCAAGCGAUGUUCCUGAAUGAAAUGUUGGAAAAAGAGAAAGGCACAGUUAAUAUACCUGACACAAGGGCAGAGGUCUUUCAGAAAUUUCUUGACUAUCUUUAUACUGGAGAAGUGGACAAUUUUGAAGAUAUAGUUGAUGAGCUUAUAGUUAUUGCUGACAAAUAUCAAGUCUCCACACUGAAAGAAACCUGUACAAAUUACAUGCUGCUAAAUCUUUGUGAGACAAACGUUGUAAAAUAUCUUCUUGUAGCAGACAAACUGUGCUGCACCGAACUGAAAGAAAAAGCUUUUGACAUUUUUCAACACAGUGCCAAUGCAUUGGUAGAAGUUAUUGAAGAGGGAGAUCAAGAGGUAUCCAUGAGUUUGAAAAAACUCCUGAUCGAUUUCCAUUCCUCAUCGUCAGAUGAAGAAUAAAAACUACCCAAGUCAAAUUUUCUUUUUCAUUUUAUUACUCAACAAUUAUCAUUCCAUGUUGAAGACGUUUUUGGCAAUGCGUACAAUUUGCGAAUUUUGAAAUUUUUAUGUUAUCGUUACAUGAUGUUGAUCAUCAGACCUGGGUCGUUUUGAAAAAGUCUUAAUGGGCGAAUAUAUUUCGACAAAAACGUAAGCCGAGGGACUUCUUCCUUUUGCAUUAUUUUUCAAAACUCAUUUAGUUUAUGAUAAUGUUUGUAUUUUUAUACUACGUUUUCAAGUGAUGAAGGUUUCCAAAAAUUGUAUUUUUUCUUUCUUUUAUAUAGCACGACUACAAUUUUUUUAUUUUUGUGUUAGUCGAAGUUCAACUUUGAUGUAAGUUAUAAGUUAUAUGUAAGUUAAGAGUCAAUUGUAUGGAAAAAUAAUGUAAGUUUGUAUGUAAUAAAAGUAACUUUAAAAUCGCAAUCCAUAAUCCGCAACCUGCUUCCCCCUCCCCUUUUUCAACUAUACAAGCGCGAGAACAAAAAGUAAUCGAUCGAGAAGCAACCAAAAAAUUUUUUCAAUUAUUUUUAAAUUCACUUUCACUGCAUGACCGAACGUUUGAAAUGAUGAAUGAAUGAUACUAGACCAAAAGCAAAUU